ACUAUUCAUCUUUAAAUAUCUCAAUUCUGUGUCAGUCUUUACAACCUUACAGAUGUACAUUCAUUGGGUAUACAAAUACAACAAUGAAAUAUCUACGUAUUAAUAAGCCUUACAGUAUAUAAACAUUUAAUUUGUCCUACCUUUGAAGCUUGCGACGAGAAGACAUUGAUUCAAAACAAAGUGACAAGGCACACCGAUGUUUAAGUAAAUAUUCAAAGAUACCUUAAAAAUGUGCGGUGAAGGAAUUGAAAUGACUUGUCAAAUUUCCCCCAAAAGAACAGAAUGAAAAAGCAAAGGGUGCACUACCUGGAUGGCCCAGAAAUUCAGGAAUUUGACGAUGAUCUUCCAGAAAGAUGGCAGGCGGAUGAGGACGGUUCUCCGGAAGUUCCAACAGACGAUAGUUACCCGGAUGUAUCCUAUCCGAUGUCUCCUGUACCCCUUGAUUCAGCUUACGGAUACCCAACAUCUGGAUUCCAGCUAGGUUACCAGGCACCGCCAAGACGACCCAACGAGAAGAGACACCCAUUUCAUAUAUACAGACCGGCUCUGCCAUUCUCAGCCAUGGUUCCUGGAGGAGCUACCACUGGGAGACGCAUUACUAUUGAAUGCGUGGCGGGUCACCAAAAAUUUUCGGUUCAGUUGACUGACACAUCACAAGUGGACGUGGGACUCUUUUUCAACCCAAUUAUUCACUGGAGAAUGGACUCUGGCAUUGUCAUAAUGAACAUUCGUAGUUACGGUUGUUGGGGACAGGAGAUGAGAGAGAAAGACGAUUUUCCUUUUGAAGCAAACAAAACGUUUACAAUGGAAAUCAUUUUUCAGGAGGAACAUUAUGAGAUUAAUGUAAAUAAACACACAUACUUGUUUCCCCAUCGACUUCAUCCAAGUGAGAGAUUCCAGACUCUGGUUAUAGAGGGUGAUGUUUUGGUUGAUCACGUUCAAUUCCUGUGAAGGAAUAAUUUACAUGUACCAGUAUGUCAUAAAUGUUCAAAGUACAAGUGUACUAAUUACCAAGUGCUUAAAAGUACCGUUGUAUUUGGAUGUUACGAUAGAGGGACACGAAUGAAAAUUAGGAAACCAAGGUACCGUUCCUGGUAUUUUAACCAAUACUUUUUUUUUCUUUUAUGGAAAUGUGAUCACUAGGUCUUUGAUUGUGCAUAUGAAUAUCCUCAUUUGAGUUUGAAAAAAAAUAUUUAUAUUUUACUCAAUACCGGUAUGUUAUUUAAUUUUAAUGUCAAACU